AUCAAACACCGAUAGUUGACACAACAGUUUUUCCCGUGAAGAAAUAUCUGUCUGAGAUAGAAGCAUAGAAUAAAUUUUACACUUAGAACAUAGAAGCAAAGUGUUUGGUGUGAGAAGAGAGAUAAUGGCGCAGAGAGCUCAACCAGCGUUGGCCACCACGGAUGUUUUUCAGAAGGGAGAUAUUCAUUGGAAGCAAUUCAAUGUUGAAACAUCCACUGCUUCUUCCUCACCUCCAAAACCAUUGCUUAUUUUUACACCAACCGUGCCUGGCUUAUACCCUGUAAUAUUGUUUUGCCAUGGCUUUUGUAUUCGCACUAGCUACUACUCUAAGCUCCUAGCCCACAUAGUUUCACAUGGAUUCAUACUUGUUGCUCCUCAGCUGUUUUCCAUUGGGGUGCCUAUGUUUGGACCAGAAGAAGUUAAGUGUGAAGGAAGAGUUGUGGAUUGGCUAGAUAACGGGCUUCAACCAUUGCUUCCCGAGAGCGUUGAAGCCAAAUUGGAGAAACUGGUUCUAGUAGGUCACAGCAAGGGUGGAAAAACAGCAUUUGCUGUGGCACUUGGUUACUGUAAAACAAAGCUCAAGUUUUCAGCACUCAUAGGCAUAGAUCCUGUGGCUGGCGUAUCAAAGUGUAAGCCUUGUCGAUCACUUCCUGAUAUCCUCACAGGUGUGCCACGGUCCUUUAAUCUGAACAUACCUGUUGCUGUAAUUGGAACUGGGUUGGGCCCAGAGAAGGCUAAUUCUCUUUUUCCACCAUGUGCUCCAAAUGGGGUGAACCAUAAAGAGUUUUUCUCUGAGUGCAAACCACCUAGUGCAUAUUUUGUUGCAACGGAUUAUGGUCACAUGGACAUGUUGGAUGAUGAAACACCAGGGGUAAUUGGGACAAUGAUGUCAAAGUGUAUGUGCAAGAAUGGGAAGAAGGGUCCUAGGGACUUGAUGAGAAGGACUGUGGGAGGGUUAGUUGUGGCCUUCUUGAGAGCACAGUUGAAUGAGCAGUGGAAGGAUUUUGAUGCUAUUUUAGCGAGUCCUAAUCUAGCUCCCGCCAAACUUGAUGAUGUGCGAUACUUACCAACAUGAAGUCAUCACACAAACAUUCAUUUAUGCAGUUUUUAUUCUAUUUCUAUGAAAGGCCUAUAAUGUCUUUCAAAUUUGUCUAUAUAAUGAUGUUAUUCACAUUGCACUUUUCAAUUGGGUUUUUACAUGGGACAAUGCUUUUUUUAUUUUUUAUUAUUAUUAUAGUUGAAAUUAACAAAGGAUUACACGUUCAAGUCA